CACUGGUCGUACAGCUGUUGUUGUCAGAUAACUGUUAUCUAUACAUUCACAACCACACACGAGGAAAAUGGUAUAUUUCAGCAAUUGAACAGGGGUCUGAUCCUAUGAUAUAAUCCUGGGAUACAAGUACAUUCACUUUAAUUUCAGGCUUUACCUGUGGUGCAUCUCGUGGAAGAGCAGCCAUGGCUUUAAGUGGGGCCCCAGCGAUAGGGGCCACCCAUUUGGCUACUAAGGUGGAGCUGACCAUAUCCUGUGAGAACCUGAUGGACAUGGACGUCUUCUCCAAAUCGGACCCUCUGUGUGCGUUGUACCUCAACUCUUCAGGGUCGAUGUGGUACGAGUUUGGCCGCACAGAGAUGAUACUGAACUGCCUGAAUCCAAAGUUUGCCAAAAAGUUCGUCCUCGACUACUAUUUCGAGAUGGUGCAGAGGCUGAAGUUCUGCGUGUACGAUAUUGACAACAACACCUACGACCUGGGUGAUGAUGAUUUCCUCGGGGAGCUCGAAUGCACCCUAGGCCAGAUCGUUUCCAACAAACAGAUGACUCGAUCUUUGCUGCUGAAGAACGGGAGGCCUGCAGGUCGCGGCACCAUCACAAUCUGUGCUGAGGAAAUAACAGACAACAGAGCGGCACAGUUUGAGGUAUCAGCCCGCAAACUGGACAAAAAGUAUUUGUGGUGGUCCGACCCUUUCCUGGAAUUCUACAAACAGACAGAAAGGACGUGGCAGCUCGCCCACAGGACAGAGGUGGUGCACAACAAUCUGAAUCCAGUGUGGCGGCCAUUUCGCGUAUCGUUGCGAGCUCUUUGUGGAGGAGAUGUGGAGAAACCUAUAAAAGUCGAGUGUUACGACCAUCACAUCAAUGGCUCCCACGCUCUUAUCGGGAGCUUUAAAACCACACUCGCUGAGAUGCAAACGGGAACGUCCACUUCACCGGCUGAAUUUGAGUGUAUCAACCCCAAAAAGCUGAAGAAAAAAGACUAUAAGAACUCUGGUGUCAUCUGCAUCAGGCGCUGUGAGCUGGUGAAGGAGUUUACAUUCCUGGAUUUUAUCAUGGGGGGCUGUCAGAUCAACUUCACUAUUGCCAUAGACUUCACGGGCUCCAAUGGGGACCCCAGGACUCGCGAGUCCCUCCACUACAUAAACCCCGAGGGAUAUAACGAAUACCUGAAAGCCAUCUGGGCCGUGGGGAAUGUCAUCCAGGACUACGACAGUAACAAGAUGUUUCCUGUAUUCGGUUUUGGAGCCCAGGUUCCUCCCUCCUGGCAGGUUUCCCAUGAAUUUCCAGUCAACUUCAAUCCAUCAAAUCCAUUCUGCGCAGGUAUAGAGGGUGUGGUCCAAGCCUAUCAGCAGUGUCUACCUCAGCUGAAACUCUGGGGUCCCACCAACUUUUCACCCGUCAUCAACCAUGUCGCCUGUUUUGCCAGACAAGCGCUCAGACAGAACGUGGCUUCGCAGUACUUUGUGCUGCUCAUCAUCACUGACGGAGUGAUCACGGACAUGGACCAGACACGAACCGCCAUUGUCGAAGCCUCUUACCUUCCCAUGUCCAUCAUCAUCGUGGGUGUGGGCGGAGCAGAUUUUAGCGCCAUGGAGUUCCUGGACAGCGAUGAUAAGUUGCUGCGUUCGCCCUUUGGUCACGUCGCUGCUCGAGACAUUGUCCAGUUUGUGCCUUUCAGACAGUUUCAGGGGAGCAAUGUGGCUCUGGCCCAGAGCGUCCUGGCGGAGCUUCCUGACCAGUUGGCCUCUUUCUUCAACUCUUACAAGCUGAAACCUCCGAAUUCAUCUGAUGUCUCUGCUCCGUCAUAGAGCGAUGGGUAAACCUGACCCAAGUACCUCAUAUUUACUGCUUACUCGCUGCUGACCUUCAACUCCUGCACUUUUCUCUGCUCAUGCAAUAAAGAUUUACUAUUUUUUUUAGCAUGUGCUAUAUUAUAUAAAUGUGUUGUAAAAAUGCAAAAUA